AUAUCUUUUUCCCACAACCCUUAGCGGCAGAGUCACACCAUAUAUGAAGACGGAGUAACGUUGUUCGCUCAGUAUUUUAUCAUUCCUUUAAAAAUAUUCGACUUUCUUAUUAAAAAGAUGUGCGACACCACAAACAGAAAUUUUCGGACGCAGUUAGCCGCUAUUUUGGAUAAGCUAACUAAUGCAGCUUUGGUUGAAAUAGGAAACCUGGCUGACGAAUGCUCGUCCGUCCUUCACACCGAGAUAUCUCUUUAUAAGACGGAAAAUGAGGCGCUGAAGAAGAGGUGUUAUUCACUGGAGGUACAGCUGAGAGCAGCGAGGGAGACGCAGACAUAUCCUGCAAGUGUCAACAGUGUCAGCCGCCGACACCCCAUAGGUCAGUAUGAACAAAAAUCACUAGAAAUGAGUCUUUUCUGGGUUUGUACUCCGGUGGGACUCAUGCUGUACAGUCAACUGCAAGCAUAUGUCAGUAGCAUGUUAGAUAGUGUUCAAUUCUGCUCAAACCAAAUCACUCCAGCACUAACAAGAAGUUUUAUUUCCUAACAUUUUGUCAAUUAAAAAGCAGAAAAAAAAAAAAAAAAAAAAAGAAGCUGACCUUGGUUUAAUUUUAUAUUUGUAUGUUUUGCACUUAUUUACAUGGUAGUUACAGUUUCAUGCCUUUUCCUUUUCUCCUUCCAGGACAGCAGCUGCACGCUCCAGCCAUCGAUGGAGUGUUUGGGAAAGACUGGUGCAUGGAUCUGUGGAGAGAAGAUCAGAAACUCCCUACUCAGAGAAAAGACUUGGUUGAGCCUGCUGCCAUGACUAGUAUGGGGCCACAGGUCUGUAAAUCAUUCACCCUAGUCUAGAAGAUCAAAAUCAGGAUUGUUAUUGUUCACCUGUGCAAGAAUUACAAUUAGACACCCAGGCAGACACUUCUGGUUCCCUGAAGUUAUAAUGAAAUGUAUUUAAAGAAUAAUUAUAUCAUUAUUUCUCUGUGAACAUUGUGUCCAAAUUUGUUUGACAUAUUUCUUUGUUGGUAGACCCUAGACAUAAUGGAUAGAGAUCCUGAUCUCAUCUUUGUCAAGGAAGAACUGUAUGAUGACCACCCCAUCGGUCAGCAGAUGGGCCUCACAGACAACCGAAAGGGUGAGUGUGUACCAAAAAGACAAAGUUUAAUUAUUAUGACCUUGCCUAUUUUUGUAAUUCUGAUGCAUUUUUUUGUUUUCCAUUUGACAGUUGUUGGACUUUUUGAGGAGGAGAACUUGCUCCACAGAGCCGUUGAUGAGCUCCAGCUUCAUUCGGUGGAAUUGAAUAACUUUCCCAUGACAGCUGACUGUGAAACGCAGCGCACACAGCCAACAAUUAUGGACAAGUUAAUAGAUGAUGCCACAAUGAGUAGUCUGGUGGACAACACAAAUCCUUCUGCAGCUCCAGCAGGGGAAUAUUCUGACUAUGCAAACAGUAUCCACAUGAACACAACCAAAGAAGUCAUCAUUCAGCCAAAACCUGUGAAGCCGACAAAGCGAUUCGAGUGCUUAUUCUGUGGGAAAAUAUUCAACUAUCUGAGUAGUUUAAAGGUACACAUCAGGCGACACUCUGGUGAGAAGCCUUUCAGCUGUUCAGUUUGUGGGAGGCGCUUUGCGCAGAAAACAUACCUGAAACUGCACCAACGUGUACACUCAGGGGAGAAACCUUACAGCUGUCCGGACUGUGGCAAAAGUUUUUCCCAGAAAAGCUCUCUUAACAUACAUCUCCGAACACACACUGGUGAAAAACCAUACGGCUGUGUGGAUUGUGGCAAAUGUUAUGCAUACAAAUACGGCUUAAAUCACCACCAGUGUUUUGAGUGGAAACCAACGGAUUUGGUUGGAGGUCAAACUGAAAAGAACUCCAACUGGAAAUAAAGUGUUCGGCUCUGCUUUGCUCUGAGUGGCAGAACAUGUGCUAAAAGAGUGUUUAAGAAACUGUAAUGUAAAUGACUAAUGAUUAAUUAAAAUUCUCUAUCUCUCACAGAAAAGCAAGGCAAUGGCCUGUGUGGUUAAAAGUGGUGUUGUAAAAAUUAUAAUAUAUUUUUUUGGUAUGUUUCAAGCUGAAAUGCAAGUUAAGUGAAGGGUACGAGGUGUUUUGUCCUUUUAUAGCCCACAAUUUGAAUGAAUUGGACUCAGCUAUUUAUGAGCCAGUUUAUAGCCAAAUUUCUGAUGAUCUCAGCAAAGGUUUUUUUUUUUUCUCACAUUAAUAGUUGAUAUGAAAUGGUAUUUACACAUUUGCAGUUUUCAUUAAAUAUGUGAUGCUCAUCAAUAAUUAGGCAAAAGCAAUUACAGCCAUUCAAAUCAUGUUGUCAUAUAGUCAGUCCAACAUUUUAAACAUACCUCAGCGUCAUCCUCCGGACCACAGAAGUCUUCUGGCAACGUUCUUUGGGAAAGAGCUCCAUUUUUUUUGCUAUUUUGUAGCAGAAACUUUCAAAACUACCUCUUUUUAACAGUAUAGAUGUUAAAUGAUUUGCUAUGUUUGCUAAGCUGCCAAAAUCUCACUCGCUGCUUCUCUAUUUUCCACAUGUAAUACCUCAGUGCAUACAGGAAAUCGGGUCCUCUUUGAAGAACUGUACGAGAAAGAUGUUUAUGUGUAUGGGUCAUAUUCAUGAGUUCCACAAUCUGUUCAGGUUGAAAUGUUGUAAAUUGUAUAUGCUGGCUGGUAUUUGAGCUCACAUUGUUGUCAGAGUGCAGUCAGCCAGGCAACACCAUGUUUUUUAAAUGUUAUCCCUUUCUGUUCAAGAUAUUCUUUAUUCUUUACUGGACUGUUCUGACACUUAAACAGCAAUCAUGUGUACUGAGCACAUUUUUCAGUCUGUAAUAAUACAAUCCUUCUGAACCAACCAUUGACCGAAUGAAUGAAUUAUUCCUGCCAAAGAGAGACAUGCAGUUGCCCCUUAAAAAGCACCUUCAGAUUUGUAAAGAUUAUGGAUUUAUUAAGACCCAACUAAUAAAACAAAUUAAUCAGGUUAGAGGCAACUUCUGUUUACACAAGUCUAAAAUCAUUCAAAGAAAAUGAAUUAAAUCAAACUAGGUUUUAACAUUCUCAACCGUUUCAUUGUGAAAACUGUAACAACUUCAAUAACUAUUCCUUAUUGCUUAAACACCCAACUGACAAACACAGGACAUACAGAUCACACUGUAAACUCCAUACUACAGAUUACAAGGAUAUAAACAUUACUGUUCAGAAUGGAUAACAGGAUAAAAACCUUACACCUGUCAAAAAAUAAAUAAAUAAAAAUGCAAGGAACAAAGUUACACAUCAUGCAUCACAAUCAGCACUGACAGAUUCAGUUCGUUUUAAAAAUCUCACUUUUUUUGUGGGCCAUCAUAUGAUGUUUGAGAUUGAUCUUUUGGGUGAAGGUUUUUCCACAUUUCAAACAGCAGAACGGUCUCUCUCCGGUAUGGAUUCGUAGGUGAGCAUUCAGAUUGCCUUUCUGGGUGAAGCCUUUCCCACAGAAGUUGCAGCUGUAGGGUUUCUCUCCCGUGUGCACAACUUGGUGAAUCCUCAGAGCCGACGGGUUUGCAAAGGCCUUCCCGCACAGUUCGCACGACUGACUCUUGGAAGAAUGCGGGGGCACACAUGCGUGCUUUGUAAACUUGUAUCGGUGAGGGAAGUGCUGCUUACAAAUACUACAAAAGUUCUCCCUGUGUGUCUUCAUGUGAUGUGUUAAAGUGCCUUUGUGGAAAAAGGUCCUGUCACAAAUUUCACAUUUAAAUAUGUUCCUGUUUGUUUCACUAAAAGUUUGGCAAUUAGGCAUGUUUAUACCAAAAUGUAGGCCGCUAUUAAGUGCGGCGUUGUCUUCCGAGUUUUGUUCCUUGUUGUAGAUGGAAUCACCUGUAUUCUUCACCAGUUCCUUUUCACUUUCAGGAAUAAACUGCACAUCAUCAUCA